CACACAGAACAUCCAACAUGGGCAAGGUCAUCUUCUACGAGGACAGGAACUUCCAGGGUCGCUCCUAUGAGUGUAUGAGCGACUGCUCAGACAUGUCGUCCUACCUGAGCAGGUGUAACUCCUGCAGGGUGGAGAGCGGCUGCUUUGUGGUCUACGACCGACCCAACUACAUGGGAAACCAGUACUUCCUGAGGAGAGGCGAGUACGCCGACUACAUGUUCUUUGGCAUGAGUGACUCCGUUCGGUCCUGCCGUAUGAUUCCUCAGUACCGAGGCUCAUACAGGAUGAGGAUCUAUGAGAGGGAGAACUUCCAGGGCCAGAGCUACGAGCUGAUGGAUGACUGCGACAACAUCCAGGACCGUUACCGCAUGUCCGACUGCCGGUCCUGCCACGUGAUGGACGGCUACUGGCUGAUGUACGAGCAGCCCCACUACAAAGGCAGGAUGCUCUACCUGAGUCCGGGGGAGUACAGGAGCAUGAGGGAUGUGGGAUACAGCGGCAUGAGGUUCAGCUCCGUCAGGCGGAUAACGGAUUCUUGCUGAAGCAAAUAAUGUGCUGUUGAAUAAAAUGAAAACCCAAACAAAUACCACCAAGUUGU